AUGAAAAGUGUUCAAUAUAUUCACGAACGCAACCCUCGUGUCAUUCAUCGGGAUCUCAAACCCGACAAUAUAUUAAUUGAUCCCAACUUUACGUCCAAUCGUUUCGUAAAACUGUGUGACUUUGGUUUGGCCACCGAUCAUGAAAUCGAUGGCAACACUUCCAGCCGAUACAACCAUACAGUUUGCGGUACCCGUCAAUACAUCGCACCCGAAGUAAAUAGCGGCCGAUAUAACCAAAAGGCAGAUAUUUAUAGUCUCGCUGUAAUCGGUGGCCAACUCUUUGGUAUUGAUCUUCAGUCCUCGCAAUCAUUUGAAGCAAUAAAACCAGAAUUAAAGGCUUCAAUGAAAUGUCUAAUACAGACAUUACAGGCAAUGAUAACGUGUGGAGAUAUUUGGGAAACGCCCCCCAAAUGGAGACAAAGGCCUGAGUGUCGGGAAGUGUUGGCCAAACAUAACGAGUGGUCAAUCAGUCAUAAGACAGUAAAUAAAUUUUACUCCGUUUUGUAUAAAUAA